AAUCGGGGAUUCGUCAAGUGUUCUCUUGAGCAUGCGUGAAUUAUCUUCCGAGCAUGCUCAAUUUCGCCAAGGACCAGAUUUGCCGGGGUUCUAGCGCUGGGCAUCGGGUCAAGUUUUUGCGAAUCCCGCCAUCCCCCACUCCUUCCCCCACAGCUGGUUUCCGGUCGGGCUGUGGCGGGGAUCAGCUUGGAGAUUGUCGGUUCUCCUAAGAUGGCGGACGGAGGCGACGGAGCAGGAGGGAUGGCUGAAACGGGCGACGCUGUCCCCGUGAAACCCUCGGAAUUGGCCAGGUGGUGGAAUGAGAAACUUGACUUUCAUACUGCCUUUUUUCAACAUCUGGCAAAAGUUGUUCCAGACAUUUAUUUUGAUGAAAUGGAUCCCUUGCCAGAGAAGGAGGAAGAAAUCGCCCAGAUGACCAUACUUGACCCUCUGGAGUGGUAUCUGUUUGGCAAAGAUCCAGAUAACUGUCUGGAGAAGCUACGACAGAGUGGCAUUCCUCAAUUGUGUGGGAAGGUGUUCAAAGGUGGAGAGACAACAUAUUCCUGCAGAGACUGUGCAAUUGAUCCAACUUGUGUACUUUGCAUGGAUUGUUUCCAGAAUAGCAUUCACAAAAAUCAUCGUUACAAGAUGCACACUUCCACUGGAGGAGGAUUUUGUGAUUGUGGGGAUGAAGAAGCAUGGAAGACUGGACCACUUUGUACAAAUCAUGAACCUGGAGCAGCAGGAAGCACACAAGAGAAUUUGGAAUGCCAGCUGAAUGAAGAGCUAAGAGCACAAGCGAGAAAAAUAUUUCCUUCAGUGAUAAAAUAUAUUGUAGAUAUGACUGUUGGGGAUGAAGAGAAGGAGCUGCCUUCAGAGCUUAUGACAAGUAGAGAGAAGACAGACAAACACUACUGUGUACUUUUCAAUGAUGAACAUCAUUCUUAUGACCAUGUUAUCUAUAGUCUACAAAGAACUCUUGGCUGUGAGCUUGGAGAGGCCCAAUUAUAUACUGCUGCCAUAGAUAAAGAGGGUCGAAAGACUGUUAAGGCAGGGUCAUAUGUUGUUUGCCAGGAAGCAAAAGAAGAUAUUAAGAAACAUUCGAACAAUGUUUCCCAAGGUCCUCUUAAUGUGAAGGUUCUUCAUGCUGAUAUUAUGGCUCACCAGAAAUUUGCUUUGCGUCUUGGUUCCUGGUUAAACAAACUUAUGAGUUAUUCAAGUGAUUUUCGUCAGAUAUUUUGUCAAAUAUGUCUAAAAGAAGAAAGUGAUUCAGAGAAGCCUUGUCUUAUAAGCUCAUUGAUGCUUUGGGAUGCAAAACUUUACAAAGGCGCCCGGAAGAUCUUACAUGAAUUAAUCUUUAGCAGUUUUUUCAUGGAAAUGGAGUACAAAAAAAGUUUUGCCAUGGAAUUUGUUAAGCAUUACAAAACACUGCAGAGAGAGUACAUCAGUGAUGAUCAUGAAAAGCAGAUUUCUGUGACAGCGCUUUCCGUUCAGAUGUUCACAGUUCCUACAUUGGCUCGCCAUCUAAUUGAAGAACAAAAUGUAAUCACUGUUAUAACAGAGACACUACUUGAAGAGCUGCCGAAAUAUCUGGAUAAAAAUGGCAAGUUCAAUUUCCAGGGUUACAACCAAGAGAAACUAGUUCGAGUAUAUGCAGUCAUAUAUGACCUCAAAUAUAUUUUAAUCAGUAAGCCUACAGUGUGGACAGACAAACUGCGUGAGCAGUUUUUUGAAGGGUUCCGGUCCUUCCUGAAGAUUCUUACUUGCAUGCAGGGGAUGGAGGAAAUAAAGAGGCAAAUUGGUCAGCACAUUGAGGUGGAUCCUGAUUGGGAAGCAGCCAUUACUAUCCAGAUGCAACUGAAGAAUAUUCUCUUGAUGUUUCAGGAGUGGUGUGCCUGUGAUGAAGCUUUGUUGGGGAUGGCUUACAAGGAAUGCCAUGCAACAAAAAUGAGAUGUAGUGUGAGUAACUGUUCAUGGGACAAGACUGUGAUUCAUUUAUGUGGCCAUACUCUGGAAAGCAAACACUUCAAGGUAUCUGCAGAUCCUGUCAGCAUACAUCUACCAUUGUCCAGAAUGCUUGCUGGUCUGCACAUACAAUUGAGCAAAACUGGAGUAAUUUCCAGACUCCAAGAAUUCAUUACAUCUGAAGAAUUCCAAAUUCAGAUGUUGAUAGAAUAUCCUUUGCGUUGUCUAGCGUUGGUUGCUCAGGUUGCCGCAGAAAUGUGGAGAAGGAAUGGACUAUCUCUAAUAAGCCAGAUGUUUUAUUAUCAGGAUGUUAAAUGUCGAGAAGAAAUGUAUGAUAAGGAUAUAAUUCUCCUCCAGAUUGGGGCAUCUCUUAUGGAUCCAAACAGUUUUCUCUUGCUGGUACUCCAACGAUAUGAACUGCUUGAUUCUUUUAAGAAAAUUGUGCCAACCAAAGACCAGGAUUUGAAUAAGCAAUGCAACACAUUAAUAGAAGAAAUGCUUCAAGUUCUUAUCUACAUUGUGGGAGAAAGAUAUGUACCAGGAGUCAGUCAUGUGACAAAAGAAGAUGUUACUAUGCGAGAAAUUAUCCAUCUGCUUUGCAUUGAACCCAUGGCUCAUAGUGCUCUUGCGAAAUCUUUGCCGAAGGAUGAAAACAAUGAAACUGGUUUGGAGAAGGUUAUCCACAAAGUGGCCAUAUUCAAAAAACCAGGUGUAUCAGGUCAUGGAGUCUAUGAACUGAAGGAAGAAUGCCUCAAGGAGUACAAUGUAUUCUUUUAUCAUUACACCAAGACACAGCACAGCAAGGCUGAACAUAUGGAAAAGAAAAGAAGAGUGCAAGAAAACAGAGAUGAAGCUCUGCCACCUCCUCCACCUCCUGAAUUCAGUGCAGCUUUCAGAAAUGUGGUGAAAGUUCUGAACUCUGAUAUCAUGAUGCAUAUUCUCAGAACUGUGUUACAAAGAGUGCUAGAACUGGAAAGCCACUUGUGGACAGAAGCUAUGAUCCAGAUGGUUCUUCACCUUCUUGCUUUGGGGUUACUUGAAGAGAAGCAGCAAUUAGAGAAGGUUCCAGAGGAAGAAGUGACCUUUGACUUCUAUCACAAAGCAUCAAGAAUGGGAAGCUCUGCUUUGAAUGCAAUGAACAUACUAAUGAUUUUGGAAAAACUGAAAGGAAUUCAAUUGCUGGAAUCACAAAAAGACAUGAUCAACUGGGUACUACAGAUGUUUGACACAAUAAAACGUCUGAGAGAGAAGUCUUGUUUUCCCACAAUAGCUGCUGCACCUGGGCCAGAAUCUGCAAACACCAAUGAGAUACAAAGAACUCAAAAGGACAAGGAAAAGGCUGAGAGGAAGAGGAAGGCAGACGCAGCCAGACGUCAUCGCCAGAAGAUCAUGGCCCAGAUGUCUGCUUUGCAAAAGAAUUUCAUUGAAAGUCACAAGCUCUUAUAUGAAAAUAUGCAAGAAACACAGGGAAGAGAUGUUAUGGAAGAAGAGAGCCCGCCAAUUAUAGAUUAUACCAGAAUUGCCUUGGGACCCAAGAGAGGGCCAUCUGUUUCAGAAAAAGAAGUGUUGACAUGUAUCCUAUGUCAGGAAGAACAGGAAGUGAGGCUAGAGUGUGCUGCCAUGGUUUUAUCUGCCUGUGUUCAGAGAUCCACUGCCUUAACCCAGCAUAGGGGGAAAAUGCUUGAACUUUCUGGGGAUAAAAUAGAUCCUCUUUUCAUGGAUCCUGAUUUGUCAUGUGGAACUCAUACAGGAAGUUGUGGUCAUGUGAUGCAUGCUGCCUGCUGGCAGAAAUACUUUGAAGCCAUUCAUCUAACUCGCCAACGUCAUCACGUUGAACAGGUUUUUGACUUGGAGAAUGGAGAGUAUCUCUGCCCACUUUGCAAAUCUCUAUGCAAUACUGUGAUACCCAUUAUUCCUUUGCAAACACACAAGAUGAACAGUGAGGAUGCAGAGGUGGUGGCACAACUUCUGUCUUUGACAAAAUGGAUAGAGAUUAUUAUGGCCAGGAUAUCUGGUUACAACAAGAAAAACAAUGAAGAAGCAAAACAGAUUGUGCCAUCUGUACUUGACAGAAAAAUGGAAGAUGCUUCAUCUGAAUUCCAUUCCAUUCUUAGCUUUGGAGUUGAUCCUUUAGUCAGGUAUUCUAAUAGUAUCAAGGAGAUGGUGGUUCUCUUUGCCACUGCAGUUUACAGAAUUGGAUUAAAAGUGACACCCAAUGAAACUGAUCCACGCAUUCCUAUGAUGACUUGGAGCACAUGUGCAUUUACUGUCCAGUGUUUAGAGAAUCUUCUAGGAGAUGAGGGCAAGCCUUUAUUUGGUUCUCUGCAAAAUAGACAGCACAGUGGUCUUAAAGCUUUGCUACAGUUUGCCGUUGCUCAGAGGUCUACAUUUCCACAAAGCCUGAUCCAGCAACACCUUGUACGUCUCCUAGGAGUUCUUCUGCCCAGGUUAAAAGUGGAAGACACACCAUCCCUUCUAGAUGUAGAUCUCUUUCAUGUUUUGGUCAGUGCUGUGUUAUCAUUUCCAUCUUUGUAUUGGGAGGAUACUGUAGACUUACAACCUUCAUCUAUUAGCUCUGCCUGUAAUAAUCUCUACCUCUUCCACCUGAUCACUAUGGCACACAUAACACAAAUUAUCCUCACUACAACUACAGAGGGUGUGUCUGCUCAGGUACAGAACUAUAGUGAGGAAGCACGAGCAGCUGAUUCUUUCUGUAAAGAAGUUUGCCGGUACACAAGUGGAUGCUAUAGCCAAACAGUUCCAGGCUGGUAUUUGUGGGAUUGUAUUCAGAAGGGCAUCAUAUCCUACCUUCGUUGUGCUGCUUUGUUUUUCCAUUACUUGAUGGGAGUGCCUCCACCUGAGGAACUUUUGUUGGUUUCAGAGGAAGGCCAGUUCAAGGCACUUUGUGGGUACUUGUCUCUCCCCACCAAUCUGUUCUUGCUUUUCCAAGAAUAUUGGGAUACUGUAGAGCCUUUGCUCCAAAGGUGGUGUGCAGAUCCUGCUGUACUCAACUUUCUGAAGGGGAAAAGUAUUGCAAUAAGGUACCCAAGGAAAAGAAAUAAAUUAGUAGAGCUUCCAGAAGACUACAGUUGCCUUCUGAAUAAAGGCUCUCAGUUUAGGUGCCCUCGAUCCUCUGAUGAUGAAACCAAGCACGCUGUGUUGUGUUUGUUCUGUGGUGCUAUGCUGUGUUCUCAAAACAUCUGUUGUCAGGAGCUGGUGAAUGGGGAGGAACUAGGAGCCUGCACUUCACAUGCAGUCCAUUGUGGUGCUGGAGUGUGCAUUUUUCUCAAAAUCAGGGACUGCAAAGUUGUCUUGAUAGGGGGGAAAACCAGAGGCUCUUUCUAUCCUGCACCGUACCUAGAUGAAUAUGGAGAAACGGACCCAAAUCUGGCACGUGGCAAUCCUCUGCAUUUGUGUCAUGAACGCUAUCGGAAGCUCCACUUGCUGUGGCAGCAACACUGCAUCAUAGAAGAGAUUGCUCGAAGCCAGGAAACUAAUCAGAUCUUCUUUGGAUUCAAUUGGCACCUACUCUGAGUGCCAGGCUCUUCUGGAUUAAAUUGCCAUGACUGAAUCUCUUUAAAAGUUACACAGGAAAUAAUAAGAUGCUUAUUUUAAGGAGAAAUGUUUAGCCCAUUAAAUUAAAUAGAUUGUGUUGGAUCAAAUUUGCUUAGAGAAACACAAAUGCACACAACCUCUCAAUGUGAUUGCUGAUUGAGCUGAACCAGAAAUCAUUGUUUACUAGAAGUGGGAUGGUCAGUGGAUAUCUUGGGGAGGCUACUUUCCACCUGAGUCUGCUCUUCAUAGAUGCUGCAAACUGCCUUCUGUCAUCUUCAAUAUCUUAACCUAAAUAAAGGAACAGAUAAUAUUUUUCUUCACAUAUAUUAGCAGCAGCUCAGAAUGGACCUAAAGUUCCUUAAAUGGCUUCAGUGCAUCUGAAUAUGAGGACAAUUUACUUAGAACUAUUUAAUCCUUCCUCACCCGAUUCUGCAUCUAGUUUCCUCCUCCAGCUUUCGAAGUAGCCAUAGUCUGCAACUAACUUAGUCUGUGGUCUUAUUCUGAGAGGGAGCAUUGGUGCCAGGCAUCUAGCAAUCCAUAGCAACAGUCUGAGGGUUAAGCCGUGCAAAUGAGAAGUGCACUAUACAGGCUGCACAUUGGAGGAUUUUGGAAUUUACUGAGAAUACUUUGAGACUUGUGAGCAUCAGUUCACUCCUUAAACCACCACAAAACCUUCCAGUUGGAUGCACCAAAAUUCAGUGUUCAAUGAUCAGCAUCUUGUAAAAUGUCCUUUUUCUCCCCAGGAUUAUAGUCCAGGAUUUCAGUUACCCAUUAUCAUGGUCUGGCAAUGGUAGACAAAUGUUAUCUACAGCAAACUUUCUUCCUGUGGACCAGCAUAGGUCCCAGACUGCCAUGAAUAUGCAGCUGCUUUCAAGUCACUAACACCAUCUCUAGAGACUAAUAAAAGCAACUAAAUAAAAAUGGAAGUUAGCUUAGUAUAUGUACAAAGGGCUUUUCAUUGUAUGUUUUUGGUUCUGUGGAGACUCCAGUGACUGCAUGUAGUCUGGUCUCAUCAAGCUGACUAAAAAAACAAGUUGUUUUCAAUAGCUAAUGAGGUGCCACAAUUAUAAAAGAUGGCAUUCAAAUGUUUGUGUUGCUUUUCCUUGUAUAUUGAUUAGAGCCAUAAUUAUGUCAAGGGGAGCUUGUGAUAAGAAAGGAAAAAAUUCCUUAAUAAGCCUUUGGGUAACUAUUGUCUUCAAGGAAUUCUCCUUUUUCUGUCUUAAAAGUUAAAUUAUCCUGAUGCAGUUUAUUUGUGUGUUCUGGCCUUCCUACUUCCUUUUUUGAAGUAUUUUGUGUAUGUUUCAGAUUUUAAGAGUGAGUAUAAGAAAUGUGUGGGCUCAUGCGUUUUUAGUUUUUGAAAAAUUCAGUCUCCAGUUGGCAAAGUAAGAAGACAUGAUAGGCAAUUAAAUCAGAAGGUAUGAUUUCACAAUAUAAUAUCAAUGCACUGAGGAGUUAUCACUGUAUGGCAAUAGUGGAUGGGAAAAAAGGGCAGCAAUGCUUACUUGAUCUCCUGGCAGUGGAGUCUCUGCUGUUUACUGGAAGGAAGAGUGGGAGGGUCCAAGUGGAAUGGAAACUGGCGCUGUGCAAACACAUUGGCAGAGCCAAUAUGGCAUGCCUGUUGAUGCAUUUGCACAGCACUGACCUCCCUGCCACCUUGCCCCUCUUACUCUUCCUGCCAGUAAGCAGCAGUGGCUCCACUGCUGGGAGGACAGGUAAGCACCACCACCCCACCAACUGCUACUGGGGUACGGUGAGUUAGAAUGUUCGGUACUUAGAUAAUUUCUUUAAAAUGUUUAUCCGUUUAAGUUUCUUUGUGCAGUUCAGAUAGUCUUUAAUAACUGUCUGUGCCAUCAAGAUUUUGCUGUCUUAGUGGAUGUUUUUUUCUGGAUAUUAAAAAUUGUAAAUCACUCUGCAGAUGAACAUCAUUUUGGAAACUUCCAAAUGGAGGUUUAAGCGGCUUACAGAAAAUAGCAAUUGUUAAGGAGACAUGUGCUGAGGUUAGUGCAAAAUGUUCCAGUAAUGCUUCAUGCUAAGCAGAGAUGAGCCAGGGUUCAUCCUGUUUUGAUCGCAUUCACUGACUCUGUCAUCUUUUGUUUAUACACCCAUUUGCUCAUGCUGUCUUACUUAUGAUUCAAUACUUGUCCUUGUCCUGCCAGAGUAGAUUCUACGUAUCCCCAAUGGUAGUUCUGUGUUAGCCCAGGAGGAUCUCUUACUGAUUUGGGCAUCCUGUGUUGUUUUUCUGAUGUGGGUGGUUUUCACACGUGGAAUAAUCACUUCUCCUAGAUGAAAAUAGUGAGGACUUCUACCAAUAUUCCUUGUUCAGCAUGGUAAUUGCCAAGAGAGGCUUGUAAACAGAUGUCUAAUGAUAAGAAUGUGAGAGCUAAUUCCACUGUGAAGUCCUCAAACAGUCAAAUAAUGAAUUAGACCUUGAACACAAUGGGCAUGAUCCAGGUAGUCCCAUCGAUUCAAUUAGAGAAUUAAGUAUAUUCUUAAUUUUCUUAAAUUGAAAUCAGAUUUUAAAAUGUUUAAGAUUAUCCAGAAUGCACUCAGUAGGAUUAGUUUUCAGUUUAGUUACAUGUGAAUAUUGCUGUUUAUUGAAUACAACAGUAUACAACCACAGCAGCUAUCAGUAACAGUAUGUAGUCAUUUACAGGAAGCUAAAAUUUCACCCGGCUGUUGGCUGGAGGAGAGGCCAAAUUAGGGGAACCGAAAUAUGCUCCUUUCUCUUGCUGAACAGCCACUGGUUGGGAUUCCUCUUCUUUUAAAGGGUUGUCUGCACGCAAGCCACAUUUUGUGUGCCAUUUCCUAUCUAGCUAAGGAUAUGCGUACAAACAUCUAGCUGAAUUGGGAGCUUUAUACACAGUGGUCAGCUUCUUCAAUUUACCCUGCUUUUUAAAAAUCCUAGUUUGAGAAAAAUUAGAGGCAAACAAACAAGCUGGCUUCUGUUCUUAAGUGUUUGGACUUUUCUAGCAAAUAAACUCAUGCACAGAUUGAGGGUGAAUGGUCAUUUUUAGUUUCAUUAAUUACUAUGCAGUUUAGUUCACUGUGACAAUAAUCUGUAUUUAGUGAACAUGCAGUGCUAAUGCUAUUGAUAUUAAUUAUAAGGAAGAUGAAUGGAAUUUAUUUACAUACAUGCAUAUAUUAUCCUUUAAUUGCAAAAAUGUAAAUUUGAGCCUUGUAUAAUGUUCUUGUCCUUUUAAAAUAUCUUGUAUAUGUAUAUU